GACUGCAUAUUACACAGGAGUCUUGUUGGUGAUCUGAAAGCAUUCGUAGAGAAAUAUGAGUUUGAUGUACUUGUAAUUUUGGCCAGCUGUUUGUCAGAUGAGAAGCAAACAAGACGACAAAUAGCAGUAUACUCUGAAAACUUAGAGCUAAGCAAUCAAAUCUGCUGUGAAUUAGAAGAAUGUCAGAAUCCUUGUUUGGAGCUGGAUCCUCUGGAAUGUGGAUGUGACCAAAUUAUCAUUUAUCAUCAAGAAAAUUCUUUGGUGACUUGCGAUCAAAUUUUUCUUCUAGUUAAGGAAGUCAUAAAUAGAAGACAGCCAGAAAUGGUAUCUAACAGUAGAACUUCUUCUACUGAGGCUGUUGCUGGAAGUGCUCCACUUUCACAAGGAUCUUCUGGUAUUAUGGAGUUAUAUGGUUCUGAUGCAGAACCACAGCCCAGUUCUGCAAAUUUUAUAGAAAAUCCUCAAGAUCUAAAUGGAUCUGUGCAAGCCCACAUUGACGUUAAUGUAGACCUUGUGAGUCCAGACAGUGGAUUGGCUACCAUUAGAAGCAGCCGGUCUUCGAAAGAGAGUUCUGUUUUCCUUAGUGAUGAUAGCCCUGUAGCAGAAGGUGCUGCUUCCCAUCACAGUCUUCUGCCUGGCUUUGAUUCCUGUAGCCCUAUUCCUGAAGGAGUGAUAGCUGAAGAACAAAGCCCUCAGUCUAGAGGCAAUAGCGAUAACUUUGAUCUUUUCAAUUUUGAUCUAGCACCUGCGGUUAAAGCUCCAUCUGAGUCAUCUUGUCGUUCUGUUGACUGUUCCCCAACAGACGACUAUUUCCUUAACAGUGAUUCUUCAGAAGGACAACAACUCACUAUGCAGAAGGAACUUGAUGAGGCAAACCUGCUGGAAAAUGUUACAGCAAAUUAUUCAACUGACUUAGUUAUGACAACAAAUGAGGAAGACAAUUUAGCUGAAUUUGAUGAGAAUCCAGGAGAAAUAUGUGAGAAAACUUCAGGUUUGAUUGAUUUAGCUGAAGGUGAUUCCUCUUCCCCAGAAAUUUUGAAAUCUGCUGAUUCAAGAAUUCCACCAACUCCUAUGAACAGUCUUGUAGAAACUUCACCAUUAGAUAAUGGGCAGCCUUUAUUUUUCCCACAAGAUGUCAUUAAAAAAAUUAGUGAAAUAGAUGGCACAAAUUUUUCUCCGUCUCGUGUUAGAUAUGGGAGCUGGUGGGAUGGCUUUGACCUGGAGUCCAGAAAUGCUGAUACCUGGAGUUCAAGUGAGCAGGAAUCUGUAUUUCAGAGCCCCAUCUUAUGGAAAGAUUGUAAAGAAAGUCCCUCGCUACGAGAACAUAGUGAUAGAAGAGCCUCAGAUUCUGUAUUCCUCCAAAAACAGCCAAAACAAAUGCAAUACAUGAGAGCAGGACUGUGGGAUAAUCAAUUUAAGCAAGAUAAUUGGAACGAUGAGAUGCAACAGAAAAAUGGUGAACAUUCACGUGUGCAAACUGCAUCUUUAGAGGAAACAAAGCAAGAACCAGAGAGCUUUACCUUCCCAUGGAAGGUCAGUCAGCCAACACCUGUAAUGUCAGAUGCGUGGUGUAGUGGUGGAGGGAAGAGUAGUCAACUAGCUGGAGAGUCUUACGAAGUCUGGACUAAGUUUGAUGCAGGAGAUAUUGCUAGAGCCUCAGAAAAUGUGUGGAACAUGCCCAAAAUGGAUAGAGAAAAAAAACCAGUGAAUAUUCCUGAGGAAUGGGCCCUAUCAAAAACUACUUUAUCAGAUUCUUCAGAAAUCACAGUGGACAAUGAGACUGAAAAUCCACCUAUCCAGAUACCUCCGGAAGCCUGGGAUAAAGAAAGAUGUUAUUCAGUAGAAGAAUAUGGAAAACCUGAAAAUACAAAUUCUGUUUUCAACAAUCUGCAAAAUAAUUCCAAGCUGCAAACAGAGGAAGAAGCUGUAUUUGGUGACCCUAAACAUAGACCAAAACAAUUUGAAAAUAUAGACAACUGGAAUAUGUAUGAUAAAAACAUCAGGAAGGAAGUAACAGAAGUGGUAGUGCCAUGGGAGGAUAACUUCUUGUAUAAACACUCAGAUCUUAGUUCAUCAAACAUAGGUGAAGAUUUAGUUGUUUCUCCACCAGACACCAAUUACUCAACAUCUGAUUCAUAUGUAUCACCUACGUAUGUGGAAGAUGAACGAGAAAAUGAGGACAAAGAUCUUGGUGAAGAAACAGUUAUUGAUAAAUUGGCAAGCCCAAAUUUGGCUGAGCCAGAAGUACUUGAGAAAGGAAAUAAGGAACCAUUAUCUCCCAGAAACAUGCCUUUUUCAAGCGCUGAAAACAUAGACAUCUGGAACACUCCCCUGAAUAAUGUCACCCAGUUACAAGAGCGAAAUUCUGAAAUUGCUGCUCUUUCUGCCUCUGCUAAAUCUUUUCUUAAUUCAGAACAAACAGGUAAUCAGUGUUUUUCAACUGACAUACUUACCAGUGAAAAUAAUUUUUCUGUAUCUGAAAACAAAAGAGUAACACCAGUAUACAAUCAGACAGUGAAUGACUUGUCACCACCAUGGAAUGAAUUAAAUUCUGCACAGACUGCUGAUGAAAAUACAGAAACAGUGAGCAGUGUUCCUGUAGAAGACACAGACACAUCUACGGCAACUUCAGAUACUGGAAAUGGUUUGGAUCUGAAAAUAUGUGACUUAGAGAGUGAGAUACUUGAUAAGAAGGCAACACAAAAUUCUGCUUAUGUUGAUGAAAUACUGGAUAGUCAGGAUUCAGCGCAGCAGCUGAACUCAUGGAGUUUACAGGGAGAGCAGGGUUGUGAGGAAGACUGGGACAAUGCCAUUGUCAUCUCUCAGGAAGGAAAAGAGAAAUGUGAGAGUACAGAUGAGACAAGUGGACAGCAAAUGAUUAGUGACACGUGUCAUAAACCAGUGCAGGAGGACAGUGAAUCUUCUUGUAUUGCAGACUUGGAAGAAAACAGAUCAACAACUGAAGUUCCUAGCUCCCCUGAAAAAAUGAGGAAUAGUAUUAGUUUGGAAGCAUUAGUCACAGAGAAUGGGUUAUUUUCCAAUCAAAGUAAUCCAGAUAGUCAGGAAGAAAGGAAAGACUCGUUGCAGAAUACUGUAGAAUCUUCCUCAAGUGUUUCUGAGGAAGGCAGAGAUUAUGAAUCUUUUGAUGACCCCAGAGCAGAAAAUUACAAUUAUAGUGAAACAUCACAGCUGCUUGCUGAGAAAGCUGAGAAGACUACAGUGAUAGAGGAUGCAACAAGUCCAGAGAUGGAAAGUAUCUCUGAAAGUUCUGAUAAGGGUAGUGAUAGUCUUGAAAAUAAUUCUUCUAAAAUGCCUGGAAGCUCAGGCAUCUGGAAUGACUCUGAAGAAAGCGGUGGUUGCCAGGCCACUUCAAUUCCUUUGACGAAUGAACCACAAGAAGCGCUGGGAGAAGUGAAAGAGGGCUUACAUGAAGUGGUUCCUAACCAUACUGGGUUACUAUCUUUCAAAAAUAGCUCAGAACUGAAUUGGACUUAUGGAAAAUCUUUCAUAGAUGAGUUUAAGAAGAGUCCUUCUUCUGAAUAUGUCAGUGUUCCUGACAUUACAGAUAUGUCUUUGGUGGAAAACUCAUUUUCACAUGAAAUAGAUUCUAGGAGAAAUGAAAACUCUGAAAAUUUAGAACUUACUAAUAAUCUUGAUGGAGAGCCAUGUGUAAUGCUUAAUGACAGUUCUCCCCAAACUGCUUGGAAUUCACAGCCAUGUGAAGAUUUGCAAUCUCCUGGAACAAGUCCCGAGGCAAGUGAAGCCCUUGAAAUGGCAAACACCGUAAGUAGCCUUUCAAAGGAUAUACAGAUCAAAAGUUAUUUGGAAGAAGAUAAUGUGUGGAGUGAUUCAGUAAAUGAUUAUGCACACUCAAGUGGAACAAGUCCUGAUUUAAGUGAUGCAUCUGUGAAUGUGUGGGGAGACCAUCAAGUUCCCAGUCUUCACAGAGGAAGCAGGAGUAUGUGGGAUUUCAAGAAUAACAAAAAUCUUGAAGAUGCUUCUAAAAGGAAUGAGUUUGUCAGUGAAUGUGAAGAAGGAUUUGAAACAAGCACUGAGCAGAACAAAAUUCCUAAAAGCUUAGAUUUUUGGAAUGCCCAUGUGGAUGAUGAUACUGUAUCUUCUUUAUCAAGUCCUGACAUAAAUGAGGAUUCAGAGACUUCAGAGGCAUGUCCAGAAGUGAGUCAUGAAGGUUCCAUGUAUGAAAACAAACAUCACAAAGCAUCUGAAAUUAGAGACGAUUAUGCUCCAUCCAAUGCAACAAGUCCUGAAGCAAAUGAAGACAAUACAGAUUCAAAAACUAAGGUGGGAGAGGAGGUUCAGGUAGGCAUCUUCAAUGAAAAUCCUGAAACAAUUAAAGCUAGGAAAGUAUUGCAGGACGACUUGACUCCUGAAUAUUUAGGUCACUGGGAAACACUUCAGAAGAAAGAUCAAAUGAGUAUUUUCAGUGAAAAAACAGGUAGUGGAGAAGACUUGUAUUUGUAUCAAAUGAAUGAAGAUACUACACCGACUUUUGCUGUUCGUGGUAAAGAAGAGUAUUCAAAAGCUGUAGAUAUGCGGAAUGUGUCAUUGGAAACGGAUUUAAGAACUGAUCCAAAAUCCACAGUAGGAACAUUUGGUUUUCCAGAUGAUAGUUCAGAAUGGUGGAAUUCACAACCUGGUGAAGAAAAGCAAUUGGAAGAUCAAUAUUCCGUUUCAAGUCACUCUGCAACAAGCCAGUUAAUAUAUAGUAAGGACCCCUGGGGAUCACCUUCACAAGUUGAAGAAGUAACAGAAGACUAUUUCACUAUGGCAAGUAAUGAUGGAAAUCAGCCUCCCCCUCUAAACUGUGAUGAAAAAGAAAAUGAAAGUCUGGUACAACCUGUGAAUAUUCCUGAUAGUCAGAUAAAUCAAGACACUGUACAGUUCAAACAAUUUGAUCCUUUCGUACUGGAUAAAGAAGAAAGGGACUUGAAAGAGGUGUUGUUUACUACAGAUGAGGAAAAUCAGCUGAUUCCGCAGAAUCCUUUUUCAGAUGAGGACCGACGUAUGCCGGAUACAUCAAUGCAAGAGAUCACUGUACUGGAUCUGCCAAAAGACAGUGAAGGAAUUGCAAGUCUCAUUCCUCAAAAACAACAAGAGGACACCUAUGAAAGAUUAGAAGUGCACAAGUCCCUUCCAGGUCCUUUCACUGUAGAAGACUUAUCAUAUGAAAUGACAGAGAAGUCAAGUCCAGGGUGGAAUAUAUUAGUUCCCCAAACAGCACUUAUCCCAGAUAUUUUACAGGAUAGCACACAAGAAAGUAAUCAGCUGUUUUCAGUGGAACCUGACCUGUGGACUAAUGCUGAGCAGAUUGUCCCUUUGAAAUCAGAUGGUGAAAAUCCAGAUAUAUUAAGUCAUUGUGACCAAGACAAUAGUUCAGAGGCAUCAAGCAGUCCUGACGUGUGCCAGGAGUAUGAAGCUAAGCAUGCCUCUAUCCCAUCUUCUCAAAUUGGGGUGGAGACAGAAGACAAAGAUAGCCUGCCAAUUUCUGCAUGGUCAAAUAUUAGUAAAGAGGCAGAUUAUGUUUCAAAGUGUCAGUUAGUAACGCAGAAAGUAGAGACACAGGCUGAAAGUCGUAGCCCCCAGGACUAUGAACAGAGAAAGAUGGAUCAAUCCUAUCAGCUAAUCUCUUCUAAAACUCAGGAGCCUCCUGAAUUUGCAACUUUGGAAGAAUAUGGUCUAGAAAAUAAACUUGUUACUGACCUAAUUGAGUCAGCUGAUAUUACCAAUGAAGUUUUACCAAUGAAGUUACACAAUGAAGUGGGGUCCUUAGAUCUGCAAGACAUUUUCCAUGGAAGUUUUACUCCUGCAAGCCAUCGAGGAACACCAGCUGAUACAGCUCAAAUAGCAACCUCUCAAAUGCAUUUGGUUCCCAUGGAUUUCACUCUACCUGAAAGGGCAGAACAAAGCAUAAAAGAAGUUAGUGCCUUGGCCGAAGUUGGAAAACAUUGUAUUAUUGACCAUACGGCAAUAACCAGUGAUGAGCUAGACAUGUCAGAAGAAUGUGUGGAUGAAUCUGAGACAAGUGUGGACCAUAACAACAGGAACACGUCAGCAACUGAUGUCCUGGCAAGCACAUGUUCUGGAAUGAACACACUGGCAGCAGAAGGCAGUGAAGCAGCAGAAGGGGAACCAAAGGAUAAACAGGUAUUCUUUCCCAAAUCCCUUCUGCCUGGUGGUAAUGAAGGCCAUGAAUCCAAAUCAGAUAAUCAACUGAUUGAUGAUAUUGCAAAAGAAUCUGAAGAUGUAAUUGGAAAUUGCAUUCCUGUGUUUAAGGAAAUGCCCAGUGACCAGUCACCAGUGGUGUGUACCCCACCAUCCUGUGUAUCUUAUGAUGCUGAGCUGUCUGGGAGCAGAGAGUGUACAAAGGACGAGGUUUUGGUACAGCAGCCAUUGUGCGGCAGUGCUUCUUUUGAAAAACCUUUGCCACUGUCAACUCCUUCAGAAGGUGCAGAAGGCAUCCCAAUGACCAAAGACAGCAACAUGAAAGAUCAGGUGUCUGAAACACCCACAGAGUGCCUUCAGGAAAAUCACACAUCAGUACCUUCACUUUCCGAGUCUGAAGUAACUCCAGGAGCUGCUGACAUUUCGAUAGAAAAAUCUGAAGCGGAAACAACUGAUCUGGACUCACCGCCAGGUGGAGAUAAGAGAUCACCUGAUGAAGCUGGCGCUGACUCCAUGCUUUGUAGGGAGCAUAUGCUGAGGAAUUCCUCUGAGAGCCCUGACCUGAAAAGUACAGAGGGUGGGGAAGAUGUGAAGGUGCACCAAGAUCCAACUUCACUGGAGAUGGAUUACAUACUUAUUACUGAGGAAGAAAGUACACCUUCGACAAAGGAUGUCCUUGAAAGAAAGGAAAGUGAGUUUGCAUUUCAAGAAGCUAAUGUAGCUGAACAAACAGAAACUCAUGAUGGCUUUUCACCGGGUUACUUGGAUACCUGUCAGCCAAUCUCCAUUACAAAUGAAAGGGAAGAUCACUUUCUUUGUGGGACUGAAUGGGACUCUGUUCUCUUAGAAGAGAAAAGUUCUUCUAUUGUGCCUCAAAAACUGGAUGAUGAAAGGAGAUCACAGGAAAGCUAUGGGCAAGAUGAGGGCUGGAUUAUAUUGGGCCAAAACGAAGGCAGUGGCGUAUUACCUGAAGAAAGUUCUGCUGAGCCAAAAUCAGAGAUGCCAAAAUCAGGGUCUGAAUACUCUGUUGAAGAAUUGGCAGCUGUUGUAGCACAGGAAUUGAUACUUGACGCUCAGGCCGAAUUUCAGGUGGUUGGUUGUGAUGGUGAAUGGGAAUCAAAUUCUCUACAGAGACUUGGAAAUAAUAUAGCAAUAGAACAAGAAAUGAAGGAGGAACUGGUGCUUCUCGACAGUGAAAGAGAACUGAGUCAAAAAUCAGGAUUGAUGGAAAAUAAUGGUCUUUGUGGUUAUUUCCAAGCUGUAGUCAGGUCAGAGCAGCAUUUCUACCUGUUUGGACUGGACUGGCAGUGGUCGCAGUUAGAGUAUAUUUGCACCUGCCUUUGGGUGUAA